AUGAACUUUUGUCGACGUAAUAAUAAUAAUAAUUUCACGUGUCCAACUACAUCUGGUAGUCCGGGACAAUGUGUUAUCGGAAAAUUUGCUAAUAUAAGAGCACAAGGUACUGGUGGAUUUGAUCAAACAUAUAUGACUGAUGUUAAACGAAGCUCGAGCACCAUUCAAUGUCUUGAUUUCUAUUACUAUAUCCCUGGUGCAUCAAAUAAUCCGAAAAUACAAGUAGGAUGGAGAUCAGGUGGAAAUACACAACAAAUAAUUGAAUUGACACCACUACCAGAAAACAGAUGGCAUAAUAGUCGAACUAGUUUUAUGGCUCCUUCAUCAUCUUCUUAUGAAAUAUUUGAUUUCAUGACAGAUCAAGGUAGAAACGACUCAUUUCAUGAAAUUUUUGACUUCGCUCUUGUUUUUGAUUUUAAUGAUAUAAAAUGA